CCGAGGGGGCGUGGCGGCGGCGGCGGCGCUUCCCGGCAGCCCUCAGACGGGAAGGGGAAGCGGCCAGGCCGGAGCGGCGGCAGGAGCGGGAGCGGCGUUCUCGUGAGGAAAGAUGGUGAAGGAAACGGGCUACUAUGACUUACUGGGGGUCAAGCCCUGUGCCACAAUGGAGGAAAUCAAGCGGGCCUAUCGGCGGCUGGCGCUGAGGUACCACCCUGACAAGAACCCCAGUGAGGGGGACCGAUUCAAGCAGAUUUCUCAAGCCUACGAGGUGUUGUCAGACCCACAGAAGAGGUCGCUGUACGACCGCGGUGGGGAACGGGCCAUGAAAGAAGGUGGCGUGGGGGGAAGAGGCGGCUUUGGGCCCCCGAUGGAUAUCUUCGACCUGUUCUUUGGAGGAGGAAGCCGCAUGCAUGGACCCCGGAUGGAGAGGAGAGGAAAGACAGCUGUGCACCAGCUGUCUGUGACCCUGGAGGACUUGUACAACGGGGCCACUCGAAAGCUUUCCCUCCAGAAGAACGUCAUCUGUCGAAGUUGUGGUGGCCGCGGAGGGAGAGAAGGCCUUGACACGCGGUGUCCCAAGUGCCAUGGCUCUGGCGUGGAGGUCAUUGUUCACCAGCUGGGGCCAAACGUGGUGCACCACAUCCAGACGGUGUGCUCGCAGUGCCAGGGCCAAGGGGAGUGGCUGCGGCCCCUGGAUCGCUGCCUCGCCUGCAAUGGCCGGAAGGUCACUCGGGAGAAGAAGGUCCUCAGUGUCCACUUGGACAAAGGCAUGGCCGACAGGCAGAAGAUCACUUUCCACCAGGAAGGAGAUCAGGGGCCGGGCCUGGAGCCUGGAGACAUCGUCAUAGUCCUCGACCAGAAGGAGCAUCCGGUCUUCCAACGCCGCGGCAACGAUCUGGUUAUCCAGAAGGAGAUUGAGCUUGUGGAUGCCCUCUGUGGCUGCAAGACGGUCGUCCAGACCCUGGAUAACAGGAGGCUGCUUGUCUCCUCCCGGCCAGGAGCCAUUAUCAAACCUGGAGAUGUCAAGUGCAUCCCCAGUGAAGGGAUGCCGGUCUACCGGAGCCCCUCCCAGAAGGGGAAGCUCAUCAUCCAAUUCCAGGUGAAGUUCCCGGAACCCGGCUGGCUUCCCACCCACCAGCUCCGUCAAUUCCAGGCCUUCUUCCCGCACCGGGAAGAGGUCAUGGCGACUGAAGACACAGAAGAGGUGGAGCUGCGGGAGUAUUUUCCGCACCUGGAGCACGGGCGGCGCUUCGCUGGGGAGGUCUACCGUGAGGAUGAUUUUGAGGAUCCGAUGCGUCACAACGUCCAGUGCCAGACCUCGUAGCGCCAGAGACUGAGCCCCUGUGUUCAGCUGGAGGACAGAAAACAGAUCACCCCUGCCCCCUGCCCCCUCUGCUAGGAAGAGGGGAUGUGCCUUGGGGCCCCACCCGGGGUGGGGCAACGUCUACUGCCUGUGCUGUCUGCUGCAGAGGGCGCCGUCCCUCCUACCCAGUUCUGUCCCCUCCCCCUCGCCCUCGGAUGAAGUCUUUGGGCACUUGAGUUGCUGGUGCUGGUGGGAGGAGCCAGCCCCCUCCCGGUGGGUGGUGGAGUGCCAGAGACCCCGCCCAUUGCCCUGGAACGCCUUCUUGUGGCCUGGCAAGAGGUGGGGCAUAGCCCAGCCGGCCAUGGGGGUGUCCCCGUGCUGCAGAUCUGAAGCUGGGGCUCUGAAGCUGCCCCAGGGAUUGCUGCAGGUUCAAUAGAGCAGUCAGGCGGGCAGAUAUUUGGCUGUUUUGCACUCUUUGCUGGGAGUGGGGUGCUUUUAGGGCCUCCCCAGUGCAGGCCCGUCUCCAGCAACACACUUCUGAAGACCUUUAGAAGGGCUUAAGUUUCUGGAAGGGGGGCGGCAAUUCCCACCAGUUUCUCUCCUCCCGCCUGCUGGAAUUGCUGCCCCCUUUCCUGAAGCCUGACAUGCCCCUUCAGUCUUCCAAGCAGCCUGUUUUGGGAAAGGGGGGGGGUGUCCUGCUGUCCCCUCCUCCUCGUGCCACAUUGGCCCUGGCUUCGUGUCUGUCCCUCUAGCAGUCUCCGGGCAAGAUUUACUCCUGCCGGCCUGUAGCUCGGUGCAAGUGGAAAGGCUGCAGGAAUGGGGCCAGUGCGGGUGGAGGGGCCCCUCUCCCUGGUCUUCCCUUCGGGUCUUGAGCUUUUCAGUAAGUUUUCUCUCCAGUCUUAUUCCCAAACCUAGUAUAGCUUCUCUGGGGUGCCCAAUGAUACAGCCGUCGGGGGGUGGGGGUGGGGGGCGUUUCUCUCCAGUUGUAGCGGGGUCUCUUGGUGCUCUCCUUCAGUAGCAAAGCCUCCGUGGCUGAGCUCUGCAGGCUUUGGGUCCUGAGCUCUUGGCAAGAGCAGGCGCUUCGUGGAUCCUCGUGGAGGUUUUGUGGCUGUGGCUGAUCUGCCUGAAGAUUUUAAUUGGGGCUGCAUCAGGCUGGUCUGCAUGGUUCUGCCUUUACAAUGGCAAACGGAGGCUUUCCUGGGAGACUCUGGUAGAGGAGGGGGCUGUCCCCUGGCAAAAGGGAGUUCCAGACACCCCCCCCCCCGGCUUCCCCACUCUCCCGGUUUCCACUCAGGACACCUGAGUGGCGUUGCUUUCCCUUCCCAUCACUCCAAAGUGUUUUUCCUUUAGUUACAAGAGUCUGAGGUUAAAAGCCCGUUUUCUAAAGGGAUCUGAGAAUGGGCAGCUGUCACCGUUGCCUCUGGAUGGCGCCCUGCCCCGGAGGAGCUCCUGCCUGGGUCUCGGCCCGCCAGGCGUCGGAGGCCAACCCUCACCCGUGGGGAAGAUGGGAAGUCUGCUUGCCUUGGGCCGAAGGGCGGGAACGCGCGUGGCCCAGUUGCUUUCCUGCAGGCAGCCAGCCAGCCAGCCAGCCAGCCAACCGGGGCUUGGGAAGGCUCCUCGGAAUGGGAGGAGCAGGAGGAAGCCGUUGGUCGUGGCCAGCCUCGUGGGUUGAUCUCCCUGGAGCUCACAGGAGGCACCAGAAGACGGAGCCUGUUUCGGACUGGAGUCUGUCUGCUGUUUGGCUUUUUGCCUUCGGGGGCUGUGGGGGCUGGAUGGGCGCUGCUUCAGGAGAACGGCUCCCCUGGGCAGAGGUGCCUGAGGGGGGGUGGUCUGUGGGGGCGCUUUGGUCCAGCGCCUCUGAUGUGUUCUCCAUGUUAAAUCAAAUGGGUCUGGUACAGAAUCCUCCUUAGUUUGCCGCAAAAUGUGGGGAGUGCUUUAAACACGUACAAAUAAUCAUAUUACCAAACUAGGGGAUGCAAGUGAAGGGCGGGGGUGUUUGUGGAAGGCCCUUCCCCAGCCAGAAGGAGCUGCCGAGCCCUGCUGAUCGCCUUCGGGCUUCCAGCUGAACUCACAGGCCUGCCUGGAAGUGAUAGGGAGCUGCCAGGCUCCGCUGGGCUCUGGUGUGCUUGGAGGGGGGCCAUGCCACUCUGUGCCCAGAGGGAGGCGCUCAGCUGAGCUGGAGAUGGGACUUCCCUUCUCUGCAUUGGCAAGGGAUCACGUCCGUUUCCAAAUGCAGUUGAUGCCAUUGACUUGCAACAUAGUUGUGGACACGUUUCUGUGGCCUACCUGCAGGGAGGUCGUAGGCCCAGGGCCUCCUGGCCUACAGUUACCCUGCAUGGAUGUUCUGCUAGGUGGAGGUGGCCUGGCCAUUUGCAGUGCCUGGGGUCUCUUGGUCCUUUUCCCGUUUCAGUUUGUGUCUUUGAGGGCACCAGUGUGGUUGGCUGAGAGGAAGGGCACUGGUCUUGCUGGGCGUACGCUGACGGUUCUUAGUUCAGUUGCCCCUCGUUCCAGCUUGAGCCCUAGAAACUUGGAUCUUGAGAUAGCUGACAUUCCUAAGAUCGCUCCCUCGGGAACGGGCAAGGGGCCCUGCUGCACCAGACCAGUGGUCCAUCUAGCCCCCCAUCCUGCUCCACGCAGUGCCCCAGAAGGUGCCUUAGAGGGCCAAGGGUGUCCAGACCAAAGCCUGCCUCUGAGGCCUCUUCCUAGCGCUGGGAUUCAAGGUUUGCUGCCUCUUGAUACGGAGGGUCCCUUCAGUCCCCCUGGCUGGGAUCCCUUGAUGGAUCCUCUGUACCUCUGAAACCCUUGAAAACCCGCCUGUGCCGAUGGUUAUCACUGUGUCCCCUUUCCUCUGGCCUGGACCGCUUUCCCAUUGACCUCUUUCAGUGGCCCCAGUUCUAGUACGGGAGAGGGGGGAAUGGCCCUGUCGCCUUGCCUUGUCCGCCUUUUGGCCAUCUUUUCCCUAAGCUACAAAGUCCCAGAAUCUUCAGCCUUUCCUCCUAGGAAUGGUGCUCCAACCCCUUAACUCCCUUGGCUGCCCUCGUCUUCUCAGUGUCCCAGUAUGGAGUUUGCCCUCUUCAGCAUGCUGGAUCGACUCUGCCAUUGACUAAUAAUAACAUUCGAUUUAUACACCGCCCUUCAGGAUGACUUUAACACCCACUCAGAGUGGUUUACAAAGUAUGUUCUUAUCCCCACAACAAAACACCCUGUGAGGUGGGUGGGGCUGAGAGAGCGCCUAGAAGCUGUGACUCAUCCAAUGUCACCCAGCUGGCUUCAAGUGGAGGAGCAAGGAAGCAAACCCGGCUCUCCAGGUUCAAGUCCUGCCGCUCUUCUCAACCACUGCACCAAACUGGCUCUCUGUUGGGGAGCUUUGCACAGCCCAAACAUCUCUUUCCAUCUCAGUUUCCGCCUGUUUAGAAACGGUCGGCAUCUAUUUAAGUGGGGAGGGGGAUGUUCCAGCCUACACAGAACUUCGUUUGCCACGUGGUUGCCCCCUCACCCAAUUUGUGGAGUUCCUCCUGGAGUUCUUCGCAGCCGGCCUUGGUGUCCACCAUCCUGAGUGGCUGUGUGUCGUCUGCAGACUUGGCCACUUCGUGGCUCCCGUCCAGAUCGUUUAUGGACAAAUUAAAAAGCUCUGGACCGAAUGCCAAUUUUCUCUAAGGAACCAGCCAUUUAUUCCUACUUUCUGCUUCCUGCUGUUUAACAAAUUUUUAAUCUUGCUUGGGAGUCUUUGGUGAGAGAUCUUGUCAACAGGCUUUUGGGUGUCCAAAUAUUAUUCCUUGGAUUUCUAUCCUACCCUCCCCGCAAGCGGGCUCAGGGCAGGUUACAACAGUAAAAACAUAAGUUACAUCAGGCUGUAACUCCUUUGGGGGCAGAUGCUCAUAGAGGGGGGGGGCAGGUGGUCACACGACCCCUAUGCCAGGAGGCCAGUGCGCCAUCUCAGUCUUGCGGGCCUGCCAGAACGACAAAAGAUCCUGGCGCGUAGCCUCUUAAGAGAGUCCCGCCAGGUUGGAGCCAGGACUGAGAAGGCCCUGGCUCCGGUUGAGGCCAGUCUCGCCUCCCUGCGGCCCGGGACCACCAGUAGAUGUUUGAUGGCUGAUCGCGGCACUCUCCAGGGCACAUACGGUCAUAUGUAACAUCUACUGAGCCAUCUUUGUGCACACGCUUGUUAGGCUCCCAAAACCUGCCGAAGUGGCCCCUGACGGGGCUUCCUUUCCCAGUAGUCUUGUUGACUCUCCCUGGGCAGGCGCUCACUUCCUCGAUGGUGCUUUUAAUUAACUUGUUUUUUGAGAGUCUUGGGAUGUUACAGCCUGGGUGUCCAGUGCUGACUUGUGGUUGACAACAUACAUGCCUAUGUUUGUGCUGUGAUUCUCUGGGGAAAGUGGUUGUAGCAUGUGGCUUCAGCCUCCUGGGGAUCUAGCCCUCAUGCCUGUGAAGACAUGGCCGGGGAAUGUCUGCCAGAAUCUCGAAGGUCGGAACCAGAUAUGAGGGAGGGGGCUUCAAUGUUCUUUCCCCUCCUGAUAGCUACCAAAACUAGAAUAAACCAUGCAGAAUAAAAAAAUUGUGAAUCUGCGUCAUUUAAAAAAAUAUUUGGCCAAAUAUUAUAUUUAAUAUAUGGCCAGCUUUUCUUGGUACAGAAUUUUACUCUCCUGCAAAGCGUGCCAUAGUCGUAGCCUAGACCAGAGUAGCAAAUUGGCUUCUGUGGAGGGGCUGGAUAUUGUCAGGAAUGAAGGACUGGUGUUUCUUGGGCACCUCCUGAGGAGCGGCUCACCUGGCACAUGUGAAAUGCAUUUCCUAGACUGUGCAUACUUUUCUGCACUGACUGAGGGGAUUUCAUGUGGUGGGCUGGGUCCGAGUGGCUGAUGCGUUCAGGUUACUGAUGGACAAUCAGGAUAUGCCCGCUCAACCAGUCAAUGUAUUCCCUGUGGUUUGGGCAUCUGUUUCUUUCCAAGCUACUAUGAAUAACAAUUCUGGGUAUUUAUCUGAACCUCUGCAAGGUUCCACGUGUCAGACAUUGUCUGCAUGCCCCUAUAAUCCUGUUGUUUUUUCAGUCAGUCAAGCUCCUCCUCUGGUUGAAUUUCCCAGCUGAUAGCGGCUUACAGUAGGCUUUCCAUCCAGUUCUAGCAGGCCUCGUUUGAAACGGCUGUGCUGCUUGUCCACAAGGCACAGAGAUAGUGGAAGGCGUGGCCGCCUGUGGCUCACGUUGGCCACGUAUUUGAGUGAACAGGGAAGUCGGAUGGACGGCCCGUCUGCAGCCUUUCUUCGCUGGAUCACUGGGUUCCUGAAUCUUGGGGUGCAACUGGCUAAAUUGGAUUUGGGGAGCAAAUGGGGACCCCGAGCCCUUUUAUUUGGCCCCUGCGGAGUGCUCCCAAAUUUAAAUCCCCCCUUGAGAAACUGGUGCCGUUGUUUGAUUGGUGGAACAACUUGAUUUCUGGAGUUGUGGGUAGGCAAGAGAAACUAGGCCCUUCUGUGUGCGGGCUGGCUUGGGGCUGCAUACUGUGCCCUUGGUGCCUCCAGAGCUGCCUCCGUUGAGGAUCUCGGCGUGGCACGGCAUGCCUGUCCUCUGGGGCUUGUUGGUGAAGCAGAAACUCAGGUGCUGGGGCUAAAAGUUGGCUGUUCUAGAAAUACUUGCUUUAUAGCUUUGAUAUAAAAUCUUUGCAUGCGAUGAACUUCUUUCCUGCAGUGGUGGUUUAGGAUGUGAAUUAAAUCUGCUUAUAGGUAGGUCUCUGUGCAUUGCUGGAGGCGGCGUGAGAGAUGCUGGAGCACAGAUGGAUCAAAACCCAUUUAAUUUUUAAUGGAUUUGUUGUCUCUCAGGCUUUUAGUAGCCUAAAUUAGGUUAUGUAAAGGUAGAGGUUUUAUGUGCACAAAAAGGAGAAAGAAAAACCCUCCUGCACCACUUUUAAACUAUUUUUGUAAAAAAAGAAAUCCAACUCUGCAUCUCUUUGGGAAAUGCUUUCUACACAAAAUUAAAAGUGGGCCUGCACCCAGGCGCUCUGUGUGUG